GCGCAGAUCGCGGGCGCUGGGGCGGGCGUGGGGGCGCCCUGGCGGUUGCUGGCUGAGGAAAGGCACGCCUGCCGCUUCCGCCACUCGCUGGGGAUUCCCCCUGAGCGGGCGCCGGGGGAAGUCCCUGUGGGCGCCGGUAAAAGGGCGCCGCGCGGCACCAGCGCGCCACAGACCCUCAAUCUCCCAGCCAUGUCGCGCGGCCUCCAGCUCCUGCUCCUGGGCUGUGCCUGCAGCCUGGCGGCAGCAGCGCAGGAACUAAAGGUGGCAUGUUCCGAGAAUGUGGACUUGCCUUGCACCGCCCCGCGGAACCCGUGGGUCCCCUACACGGUGUCCUGGACUAAGCUUACGGAGGGCGGGGAAGAGACGAUAGAGGUGCCCCAGGAAGACCUGCAGACCUAUCACCAGACGGAGCAGAAGGGCCCCCUUGAGGCCCCCAGCCAAGGGCCGUAUUCCCUGAAGAUCCGAAAUGCCACCAGCUGCAGCUCGGGGACAUACAGAUGCACUCUAGAGGGGCCAGGAGGGCAGAGAAACCAAAGUGGCACAGUGACCUUGAGAGUGACAGGAUGCCAUAAGGAGCGCAAAGAAGAGACUUUUAAGAAGUACAGAGCUGAGAUUGUACUGCUGUUGGCUUUGGUGGUUUUUUACAUAACACUCAUCGUUUUCACUUGUUUUGCACGACAGACUGUUUUUCCAGAGUUUUCUAAACCUGGCAUGGAACGAGUUUUUCUCCCAGUCGUCUCCCCAAGCAAGCCUGUGGAGCUGGUGACUCUUCCCAAGACAGAGCUGGUGUGAGCAGGAUUUCUGCAGGUCGUUUUCCCUACAGUCGAAGGCUCAGUGGUGUGCCUUCACGUCACACAGGACACAGGAAGCGUGUGCCCUUACCAAAGAUGGCAGCCUUCCUGUGAAGUCCCCCACCUGACUGAAACAUCUGAAGGGGAUCCCACUGUACUCUUUGUGACCAGGGUGUGGAAAACCAUCACGUGGCCGCACAGCGUGGGGCCGCCGUGCGGGGUGCUCUCCAGUGCUGCUCCUUCACCGCCACCUGCUCAGCGUUCUGCUCAGCUGUCUGGUCAACCUCUUUGACAUUUUUUUCAGUUAUAUGAAAGCUAUGGUGAGAUGCAGUUGGAAAAGGGUCUUGGGAAGUAUGAAUCUCCAGAGCUGGCCCUGUGACAGACUCCUCAGGACAGCUGCACAUCUGGGAAAUGUCUCUUUGAAUUUUCUGUGUUUUCUUGGACUAGCCCAGAUGCUUUAUGUCUGGGAGAAAUGGACAGGCCAUGCUGAGAGACAGUGGGAAAUAUUUGGCAAAUAAUUUUCUGCUGUGAAGGCUCUGCUAUUACUAAGGAGUAUUAUGUGUGCGUAGCAAUAACAGGUCAGUGACCUGUUCCUCAACAGGGCCUUUUCAUCUGGGAAAGGCAUCUACAAAGAAGCAAUAAAGAAGAACGAUACUUUUAUUUUUAUAUCUCCAUAUAUGCUUUUCAAAGAAGGACAUGUGUUUUUUCUCCUUUGGAAACUGUAUCCGCAGUCAGAUACUGUUGCUGACUGAUGAGAAGCGCGACCGUGGCGAGUGAGAGGCACCAGGGAGGUGACCGUGGGACGGGAUCUGCUUCCUGCCCCGGGGAAGUCGGGGGCAGCCAUGCCGUGGGGCGCAAGCCCCAGCAGCCCCACUGCCUGUAUGACCGUGGGCCAGGUCCUGUGGUUUCUGCUCUCUCGGUUGUAAGCCAGAAGGCUGUUGUAUGAGUUGACUGAAAUAAUGUGUGUGAAGAUGCCCUGAAAAAGUAUAAAGCACUAUACAAAUUGGAA